CUGCAUUCAAAAGCCCCUACUGCUUGUCAGCCCAGUUUCCCACCAAAAUCUUGCUUCGGGUUCAACGGCGAAUCUACUCAUCUUUCCUGUCUUCCGUCAAUCUUUCAGCUUCUUGACUGGCUGUUUGUAGUACCAGCUUCACUUGCCCCUUAUUCUGCAGGGGAACACACUAUUGGAAUCACAACCGACUGUAAUUCGAACACUUCUUUCGAUGAACCGUUUGGAAAGCGCUCUGAGAGUCAAAUGGAACGGGGUCUGGCAAGAGUUUGGCUGGAAGCUGUUAACGCCGAACUCUCUCGUAUGUCUAAUGAUGUAUCAGAAGAGGGGCCUAGUACAUGUGUUGGCGGAACGAAUGGUAAUGAGAAAAUCAUGAAAUUUCCUUGUGCGAAUGGCUGGUGCAAAGAAAAUGGACAACCUUUUACAUCUGAAAAUAUGUACACUAAAAUGGAUCAAGUAACUCCAACUUAA